UAUAUAUUGAACUUACUUUUAGGGUAAAUCACAAUGGGCCAAAGUGGUACUGCAACCAGUGGUCGUGGUCUAACCGGGAUGCAAAUCGUAUCUGCCAUUCGUAUGCAGGCAAUGUUGCACGAAAAGUGUAACCACGAAUGCUCAGUUGAGAAUAAUUCUGUUGAGUCGAAAACAAAUUCGUUCACCCACGCACAGUCUCCUCGAACUGGUGUGGCGGAACGAUUUCCUCAAUUGCACAAGGAAGCGUACACGGAGAGGUCUGUGCACCGGUUUCUCAUUGAUGGCAAGGAAGUGGAGGUGUCUGAAUACGCACCUAAAGUUUUUUGCCUGAUUAGAAAGAUGAAUUAUGUUAAUAACACAAAAUAUAUCGAAGAGUGGACCCUUCCCGAUGGACAUUAUAAAAUGAAUCUAAGCGCUGGUCGUUCGCAGGCUUUUUUUAUUAACUCGAGGAAUAUGCUGUUUCUAUCUAAAACUAUCGCAAAAGAGGAGUCCAAAGUCCUUUCUGGCAUUCUCGAGUCUUACACUCACUAUCUUUCAACGCAUCCUGAUUCUUUUCUUUCACGCUUCUACAUGCUUUUAAGUAUAAAAGUAGGCAAGCGAGUGGGCUAUAUCCUGUGCACCUCUGAUGUCUUUUCCAAUGUGAGCUCAUUAUAUGAGAAGUGGGAUAUCAAAGGGCGCAUGCCGAAACUGGGAAAGUUUUUCUACAUACCUCAUUUGGUGCCUCACACUUAUGAUCCAAAUCAAACUCAUGUUAACAACUCUAGAAUCGAAAAGGGAACUAAAGAUAUUUAUAAAAUUACGCAAAAUAAGACUAAGUGCAAGGAAGAGGUUAUCACGAGACAUGAUAAGGAUCUGACGCGGAUGUUUUGGAUUAAGAAAGCAUGUCGUGAUCAAUUAAUUAGACAGGUUCUCUCAGAUUAUGCAUACUUAGCAUCCGUAAAACUCAUGGACUACUCGUUGCUCAUUGGUGUGUCUUGCAAUAACUGCGAUUAUUCAAGCUCGAUUCAGAGGGAUGGCUCUUCGAAUGAUUCUGCACAGUGUCAACCAAACUGGGGGAGUGCCGAUCUCUCGCAAGUAACACCCUGUGUUUUGGACAGUUCUGACCCAUCAAAGGGCUGUCGCGUACCGCAUACCGUUUCCAAGUACGAGAAAGGUAUUCCCAGUGUUCUGGAUGAAGAAGUUUACUAUAUUGGUAUCAUAGACGUUCUUACAAGGUAUAGCACCAAAAAGAAACUUGCCAAAUUUUUCAAAUCCUUUUUAUGGGCUCAAAGAACUCUGUCGACUAUUCCUCCAAAAUUGUAUCGGCGUCGAAUAGACAAAUACACACAAAUUAUUUUUCCCAAAGUUUGUUAA